AGACUUGCAGCUUUUAUCACUUGGAAUUCACAAGUGCGGUGCAUUUAGAUUAAAUCAUCAUGGCAAAACGCGUACAACCGGCGUGGCAAGCUCCAAAGUCAGCAGAGCGUCCUCAACUGAAACUGUACAACAGUCUGACGAGACAGAAGGAGCCAUUUGUGCCGCUGGACGGCAACAAUGUUACUUGGUAUAGCUGCGGUCCUACGGUCUACGAUGCCUCCCACAUGGGGCAUGCUAGAUCUUACAUUUCUUUCGAUAUACUGCGACGCAUAUUGGCCAAUUAUUUCAACUACAACGUGCACUACGUCAUGAACAUCACAGACAUUGAUGACAAAAUAAUAAAGCGCGCACGUCAAUACCAUCUGUUUGAGCAAUAUGCACACGCGGCAGAUCAGCUCCCAUUGGAACAGCUGUUAAGCGAUCAGAAGCUCGUACUGACGCAACUUCAAGCCAAAUGUGACAAGAAUACCGAUCCCGAUAAGAAAGUCAUGUUUGACAAGACCUUACAGCGCAUGAACGAUGCCGUCGAGGCACUAACCAAGGCUGUCAGCAAAAACGAUGUGCAGUUGAUUGCAGAGAGUCGUCGUCAUUAUUUGGAAGAAGCUAAGGAUCCCAUAGCCGAGUGGUUGGAUGACAAGCAGGGCGCAAAUGUCAACGACAAUGCUGUGUUUGAGUCUCUGCCACGCUACUGGGAGGAUCAAUUUCACAAUGACAUGAAGUCGUUAAAUAUCUUGCCACCAGAUGUUUUGACGCGCGUCUCUGAGUAUGUGCCACAGAUUGUUGCAUUUAUACAACGCAUCAUUGACAAUAAAUUGGCCUACGAAGCAAACGGUUCGGUUUACUUUGAUGUAAAUGGCUUUGAUAAGCGCGAUAAUCACCAUUAUGCCAAGCUGGUGCCAGAAGCCUAUGGCGACACCACACAGCUGCAAGAGGGUGAAGGUGAUUUGUCUGUGACUGAGGACAAACUCUCGGAGAAGCGCUCGGCCAAUGACUUUGCGCUGUGGAAGGCAAGCAAGGCUGGUGAGCCUUGGUGGGAUAGUCCUUGGGGUCGUGGUCGACCAGGCUGGCACAUUGAAUGCUCAGCCAUGGCCUCCGAUAUUUUUGGCUCAAUGUUUGACAUACACACCGGCGGCGUAGAUUUGAAAUUCCCCCAUCAUGACAAUGAGCUGGCGCAAUCCGAGGCGGCAUUUGAUGGAGCUGAAUGGGUUAAAUACUUUUUGCAUACAGGUCAUCUAACCAUUGCUGGAUGCAAAAUGUCCAAAUCGCUUAAGAAUUUCAUAACCAUACAAGAGGCGCUAAAGAAGCACUCAGCAACACAACUGCGUCUGGCAUUUCUGCUACACUCCUGGAAAGACACGCUGGAUUACUCCGAUAAUACGAUGGAAAUGGCAACGCAGUAUGAAAAGUUUUUAAAUGAAUUUUUCUUGAAUGUAAAGGAUCUAACGCGUCAUGUGGUCUCUGGCAAGGCCAUGGAACAGUUUAAUCAGUGGACAGCCGUGGAGGCGGCAUUACAGUCUAAAUUUGGCGCCUCACAAGCGCAAGUGCAUGCAGCCUUGUGUGAUAAUGUUGACACACGCAGCGCUCUGGAUGCGAUACGUGAACUGGUGUCCACUACCAACAUCUACAUUCGAGACAACAAGAGCAGAUUGAACAAUUUGCUGCUGCGCAAUAUUGCAAGCUAUAUAACAGAUCUGUUGCAUAUAUUUGGCGCUAUAGCUGGACCACGUGGUGGUAUAGGUUUCCCAUUGAGCGGUACAUCCGCUGAUGCUGGAGCUAGUGAUCAUGAAGCCUUGGUCAUGCCCUAUGUACAGUCAGUGGCUGAGUUUAGAAAUCUCGUGCGUGAACAGGCAAAGACGCUAAAUGCUGUUGCGAUAUUGAAGCUCUGCGAUGAGCUGCGUGACGAUGUGCUGCCCAACUUGGGUGUACGCCUGGAGGACAAGGAUGGUGGCAAGUACGCUGUCAAGCUGGUGGAUCGGGAUGCACUGCUGCGUGAACGUGAGGCCAAGCAGGCUGCUGAAGCUGAGCGAGCGGCAGAAAAGGAACGUAAGAAGCAAGCGUUGGCACUGGCUGCAGCUGCUAAGGAGGCGGCUCGUCGCAUUAACCCUAAGGAUAUGUUCCGCAGCGAAACUGACAAGUAUUCCGCAUUUGGCGAAGAUGGUCUACCUACACAUGAUAAGGAGGGAAAAGAGAUUAGCAAAGGUCAACUAAAGAAGCUGCAAAAACUCCAGUCACAACAACAGCAACGCUACGAAGAGUAUUUGGCUUCUCAGAGUUAAACAAUGCAAUGCAUACCUUAAUUUAAAUGCAGUUAAAGUUUAUUUUACAUUAUUUUUGAUACAAGCCUGUUUUCAACUCCGCUAAUUUAAUAAACCAAAUUCUUAAAUUGCA